AUGGCCACGCUCAGAGUGUCUUCUUACCGCAAGCUGUUUGAGGAGGACGGCUGGAGUCGGAAUGGAGGCUUGAGUGUGCAGUGUGGGGGCCAGUACCGGGCCUCUGUCAGGGCUGCAGCUGCUGACGAUUGUGACUGUGACAAGUUAGACUUUGUCGCUGCGAAGGCUCUAAACAAAGAGGGUCUGCACCAGUUUGUCCAGGAUCGCACCAUCAUCGCUGCCCUCAAUGACCGCCUGGUCAGGCUUAUUGAGCUGGCCCAUUGCUUUGAGGAGGAGAAUGAGUCUCUUGAAUAUCAGAUCAUUGAACAAGAGGAGAAGCUGAAAAGUCAGCAAGCGAACUCGAGCGUUACCUCCACUGUGGUGGUGCCUGACUACAGUCUGGAUGCAGUGGUGGAAAGACUGCGAAGGCAGAGGGAUGAGAUUCUGUGUGACAUCGAAGAGCUGCAGAAAGAGCUUGAAUGUCUAAAGGAAGAGUAUGCGCAGGCUGCACAGCAGAAGAUCCUCAUUCAUCAGGAACGACAAGAUGUUGCUGAGGAAGUGGAUGCUGUGACAGCAGAGUGUUUGGCACUGAGGGAGCAAGUGGCUAUCUACGAGGAGCAGCUGGCCAACAUGGAGGCCCAGCACAAGACGGAAGUGGGGAGUCUGCUGGAGCCAGAUGACGGCACUACAGGAGCAGUGGCUUUUAAAUUUGGCAGCCCAGACAUCACUCCGGCCUUGGAUGUAAAGAAGUACUACUGCCAGCUGGCUGAGAGCCUCCAGUAUGAGUGCGGUGCAUCGUCCUCUGCUGUGCUUCGCAGUGGUGAUGGAAAGAAACUGGAAGUGGGAGGAACUGUAGGGUCACCGGUCAAAGACUUGUCCAAGAUGACUGAUGUCGGAGAGAUAAAAAUGCUGAUUUCAGAGCUGCAAAAGGAGCUUGCUGAGCUGGAGAAGUGUAACGAGGAAUUGGAGGAUGAGGCUGAGAUGAAGAAAGCUGCCUACAUAGACGAGAUUGCUGAGUUAGAGUGUACCAUAGACGAAAUGAGGCAGAAGGAGGCCGACCUCAAAACACAGAUGAAGGAGCAGUGUGAGGACUAUAAGGAGCUGCUCAGUGAGAAGAUGGCCAGAGACAUGGAGAUUACUGCCUACAGGAGUCUGGUGGAGGAAGAGGAGGAAAGACUGUGCGGCCUCUGACUUUACCCUGAAGAGUCAGACUGACUGGCUGGAGUGUGGCUGGAUGUUCUCUGACAGAUGGAUUAGAAAACAGACAAAAGAGAAACAAGAAAAAACAGACCCCAAAUCAGCACUUCAAUUAAUGCCAAGGUAACAGUGCAGCAAUUUGAGCAGAUGUAAACUUAUCAUGACAGAUUAAUGCCGUCUGGAGGCCUAAGUUGGGUCACUGAUAACAGGUCACUGCCACAUGACCCCGAGGACUCCAAGAAAGAUUGAGCUGUCUAAACCUGGUGGGAGGAUGAGGGCUGUGCGAUGAGUGCGAAUCCAUUCAGUGUCUGGCAGGGAUAUUGCCUUAAGUGGGUUUUAUCUUCACCAGCACACUGAUGUGAUUCAUAAAUGUUUAGUUCCCUCUUUGUUGAACAAGUUGAACACACAAGCCAAACUGUGCGUCUCUGUGGAGUCGUUCCCGCUCUGAUACCACCUCGUCCAUCACUCAAACUUUGUCUGAUUACCAGCUCUUAACCUGUGACCCCUUCACUGUUAACAAACAUAUUGACAGCUCUCUGCUCAGUAACUAAAAGCAUCUCGCCGUCCCUUUGCUUUUACAGUCAUGCGUUUUUGUGUUGGUUUUGACAGUCAAGUGUGCAGUGCGCUGUGUUUGCUUUUCAAAUGGUUCAUGAAGUUGUUUUUUCGCAGCUCUUUCAAAAUGAGCACCUGGGUCUUUCUGCAAGAAAAGUCUGUGUGAUUCAUUAUUUGGUCUUUGAACAGCAAUGUCCCAAUUUGCUGUCAUUUCAGAAAUAAGCAUUUGGUAAUGCAUUCCUCAGUAAUCUUUUCCUUAUUUCCUAGAUGACGUUAAAGCUGUGUGUGAUAAAUCAUUUUUGGUUCUUGCCUAUGCACAGGCAUCAAAAUGUACUUUAGAUUUAAAUUAAAUAAAAGUGGUUGCUUGAGA